UAUACAAAAACGAGAACAAGUACUGAAAAAAUAUAAUAUACAACGAUAAACGCGGAAGCGAAACUACGGGUAAAACAAAACCAAAAAAAAACCUCAAGGAAAACAAAGUGCCAAAACAAUCAUCGUCCAACAAUUUUAAAUGCUUUAAGUAACCUCCAAAAAAAAAAAAAUUAAUAUAAAUUAGAUAGCAAGAGAGAGAGAGGUGCAAUAUGGGCAACGCGGGCAGCUCGUCUGUGCAUAUGCAUCGUGAGCGCCACAAGUCGACGGACCUCUCCACGCCAAGUUCUCCCGCACACUUUCGUGACAGUUUGGGGGCUGGAGCGGCUGGCGGGGGCGGCGGCGCGGGCGCAUCAGCUCUGGGCGGCAUUGGAGCGGGCGGUGGCGGCGGCGGCGGCCACGGCCAAGCUUUCUCAUUCGAUAAAAAACAUACGGCAGUCUUAAACGAAGGUUCGUCGCAAGAAGACGACGACGAGUAUUACACGAGAGCGGCGGCUAAGCGCACAACAGCUGUUGAUAACGAAUCAGCCGCAGCAGCAGCAGCAGCUGACAGAGAGAGCACCAUGGAGGAGAACAACGAUGAUGAACUGGAACAGGCAACAGGAUCAAUGCCAACGGGCGGCGAUGACACGGAACAAAUGAAAACGGCGCUGCCCACAGUCCUGCGCUGGGAUUACGGUGGCAAAAAUGUAACCAUAUCGGGCACCUUCUCCAAAUGGAAGCCCAUACCGAUGGUGCGCAGUCACGGCAAUUUUGUGACCAUCAUCGAUCUGCCCGAGGGCGACCACCAAUACAAAUUCUGUGUGGAUGGCGAAUGGAAGCACGAUCCCAAGCUGAAAAGCGUGGAAACUGAUGACGGCGAUAAGAAUAAUCUGGUGUCGGUGCGACCCUCAGAUUUUGAGGUGUUCCAAGCGCUGGCCAAGGAUAGCGAGAAUGUGCCCAAUUAUGCGGAAAAGGAGUACUCACAGGAGGUGCCGCAGGUGAAGCCCUGGGAGAAGGUAUCCGGACCGCCCGUAUUGCCGCCACAUCUGCUGCAGGUUAUACUCAACAAGGAUACACCGCUAUCGUGCGAGCCCACAUUGUUGCCAGAGCCGAAUCAUGUCAUGUUGAACCAUUUGUACGCGCUCUCCAUCAAGGACGGCGUCAUGGUGCUCAGCGCCACGCAUCGCUACUGCAAGAAAUAUGUGACAACGUUGCUGUACAAGCCGAUUUAGGCCAACACGCGGGCUCGCCAAUCCAAAUAAUACAAAAUUCUUAACAAUAAUCAUAAAUUAAAAGUAAGCGUUUUUUUUGUAGCUCUAAACUGUUUUCAAUUGCUCGCUUUAUACAAUUUGUGGGUCAAGAGCCCAGGUACAUGCGCAUAUACUUGUUAAGCGUUGUAUUCCUUUUUUUAUUAGUUUAAAUAUAUACGGAAUUAAAAAAUAUAUAUAUAUAUAUAGUUUGAAUAAGAUUAUUGUUCUGUGUCAAAUAGUUCCUUAGUUUUGUAUAUAGUAUUUUGUUUUGUUUUUCAAUUGCGAAUUUGCAUUUUGUACUCACUAAAAUAUGAAUUAUUUUGUAAAGCUUUUCACUGUUCCAAUUUGAUAUGUGACUAAAUUGUGUUCUACAAUUAAUUUGUAUAGUUUCUAACAGCUGUCGUCGUAUUGUUUGAUCAAAUAUUUUAAUUAAUUGUUUAGUUAAUAACACUUUGGAUUUUGUUCAAUUUUAUAUCACAAGUCUCCAGCCGGCGUCCAUUACUGGCAAUUGGUCUACACACGCUGUAAUUUUUUUUCUAUUUAUAUGUAUAUAAAUA